CGCACGGCCCUAGGCCGCCCGACUGAGACGGCACCUGGGUACCCGCGGCCGCUGCAGCCCGCUCCGGUCAGCUACACCCCAGUCAGGAGCCUUUCCAGCGGGUCGGAGGAGAACGGAAGUUUGGGGUGACCCGCGCGAUUCGCCUGGCUGCAUUUUACAUUUCCUUCUCCAGCAGCUGGGGUCACGAAGGCUGCUCUCGCCUGCUGUGUUGGAACGUGGACACGUGCGCUUUGGUAAUAGGGCAGCCUCCCCCGCGGGCUCAGUCCCCGCUGCGACCGCCCCUGGCUGCGGAGGCGGGACCAAGGACCCGGAGAUUUGAGCCGCGGGUGGGCGGGGAGGGGCCUUUGUGACCUGCCCGCCCCUCCCCGGCACUGUGAUGCCGGGGGGCAGCUGCGGGCCCGGCGCGCCUGUCCCCGGCGUCCCCCCCUCCCGGUGUGUCACUACGGCGGAGGCGGCCGUAUCUGGAGCAGUCGGGGCGGGCAGGCCCAGCUGGGAGGUGCGCGGGCGAGGACAGCGGCAGCGAUGCGGGAAUGCAUAUCAGUCCACGUGGGCCAAGCAGGAGUUCAGAUUGGCAAUGCCUGCUGGGAGCUCUUCUGCCUGGAGCAUGGCAUCCAGGCAGAUGGCACUUUUGAUGCUCAAGCCAGCAAGAUCAAUGAUGAUGACUCCUUCACCACCUUUUUCAGCGAGACUGGCAAUGGGAAGCACGUGCCCCGGGCCGUCAUGAUAGAUCUGGAGCCUACCGUAGUGGAUGAGGUUCGGGCAGGAACCUACCGCCAGCUCUUCCAUCCAGAGCAGCUCAUCACAGGAAAGGAGGAUGCAGCCAACAAUUAUGCCCGGGGCCACUACACGGUGGGCAAAGAGAGCAUUGACCUGGUGCUGGACCGCAUACGGAAGCUGACAGACGCUUGCUCUGGCCUGCAGGGCUUCCUGAUUUUCCACAGUUUUGGUGGAGGCACUGGCUCCGGCUUCACUUCUCUGCUGAUGGAACGCCUCUCCCUGGAUUAUGGCAAGAAAUCCAAGCUGGAGUUUGCCAUCUACCCAGCCCCCCAGGUCUCUACUGCAGUGGUGGAGCCCUACAACUCCAUCCUGACCACCCACACCACACUGGAACAUUCAGAUUGUGCUUUCAUGGUGGACAACGAAGCAAUCUAUGACAUCUGCCGCAGGAACCUUGACAUUGAGCGCCCUACCUAUACCAACCUCAACCGCCUCAUCAGUCAGAUUGUGUCCUCAAUCACUGCUUCUCUCCGCUUUGACGGGGCCCUCAAUGUGGACCUCACUGAGUUCCAGACCAACCUGGUACCCUAUCCCCGCAUCCACUUCCCGCUGGUCACCUACGCACCCAUCAUCUCCGCUGAGAAAGCCUAUCACGAACAGCUCUCUGUGGCCGAGAUCACCAGCUCCUGCUUUGAGCCCAACAGCCAGAUGGUGAAGUGCGACCCGAGACAUGGCAAGUACAUGGCCUGCUGCAUGCUCUACCGGGGCGACGUGGUGCCCAAGGAUGUCAAUGUCGCCAUUGCUGCCAUCAAGACCAAGAGGACCAUCCAGUUUGUAGACUGGUGUCCCACAGGCUUCAAGGUGGGCAUCAACUACCAGCCCCCGACCGUGGUGCCCGGGGGAGACCUGGCCAAGGUGCAGCGGGCCGUCUGCAUGCUCAGCAACACCACGGCCAUUGCGGAGGCCUGGGCCCGCCUCGACCACAAGUUUGACCUCAUGUACGCCAAGCGGGCCUUUGUGCAUUGGUAUGUCGGAGAGGGAAUGGAAGAAGGAGAAUUUUCUGAGGCAAGGGAAGACUUAGCUGCCCUGGAGAAGGAUUAUGAAGAAGUGGGGACUGAUUCAUUUGAAGAAGAAAAUGAAGGGGAGGAAUUUUAAAUAUACACCUUUCCCUUGG